CUUUCGAAUAUUGACACAUUCUAGCAGAGAACAAGAGAAGCUCAAAAUGUCAAGUACCUUUGGGGCAAUCUCUGUAUGGGUGACCCUAUUUGGAUUAGCAUUGUUUCCUGGGAUUCGAUUGAUUAAUGGCGACCAAGCUCCUAAUAUCGUAUUUAUUGUGGCGGACGAUUUGGGCUUCAACGAUAUUUCGUGGAAUAAUCCCAAGAUCAUCUCCCCCAACUUGGAUAGUUUGGCCAGAAAUGGAACCAUUCUGAAUCAUAACUACGUAUUGCCAAUUUGUUCGCCCACACGGUCUGCUCUAAUGACCGGCUAUUAUUCCGUCCAUACAGGGAGGCAGUCCAGCGUCAUUUGGCAACAAGAGCCUGUUGGUCUCUUCACCAAUUUUACAUUGAUGCCGGAACAUUUGAAUACACUUGGAUACGAAUCGCAUGCAGUUGGCAAGUGGCAUUUGGGAUAUUGCAACCAAUCAUAUCUUCCGACGAACCGCGGUUUCAAAUCCUUCAAUGGGUAUUUCAUAGGCUCGGAGGAUUACUACUCUCACUUGAGACCACCCAGUGUUGGAGGUGGUCCUCCUGGCUACGAUUUCCAACACAAUGAAGGCCCCGACUUGUCCGCUAAUGGAACAUAUUCAUCCGUUCUGAUUGGUUUGCAUGCGGAGAAAAUCAUCCGUGAUCACGCCCUUCAAACUCCAGAGAAACCCCUGUUCUUGUAUUUGCCGUUCCAAAAUGUUCACUCCCCACUUCAAGUUCCCGACCACUACUCAAACCUUUAUCCGAACGAAACCAACCAAGCGAGGAAAACAUUUUCCGGCAUGGUCACCGCCAUGGACGAUGCUGUGGGAACAGUGGUCAAGUCUUUGAAGAGCCAAGGCCUGUUCGAGAAUACCAUCAUCGUGUUUUCUUCAGACAAUGGUGGGCAAACCAUGUCUGGGGGAAAUAAUUUCCCCCUCCGCGGAAAUAAAGGAACUUUAUGGGAAGGUGGGACUCGAGUUCCAGGAUUUGUUCACAUUCCGUUCUCAAAGAACAGAGCAAGGAAUGUUUCAAGUUUGUUCCACGUGACGGAUUGGUUGCCAACGCUUUAUCGAGCUGGUGGUGGGGAUCCACAUGAGUUGGGCCCCAUUGAUGGUUUGGAUCAGUGGAAUCUGUUGGUGGGUAAUCAGGACAAAGGAGUUCGACAAGAGUUCUUGUAUAAUAUUCAACCCAUUCCAAGUAUUGAAGGUGCUCAGGCUAGAGCAGCUAUCAGAGUGGGCGAUUUCAAACUUUUACGAGGUGUCCCUGGGGAACCGAGUGGCUGGAUUCCACCGGCAAAAAGUGUGGAUAUCCCACUCGAGCGCAAUAAUCAUCUCGCCAAUCUGACCCACUUCCAAGCCGUCCCGAAUUUUGCAAGCUUUGAAGUUCGUCUGUACAACAUCACAUCGGAUCCGGAAGAGAGGGUUGAUUUGUCUCACAAUCAUCCGGAUAUUGUGGAAUCCAUGCUUGCGAAAUUGGCUAGAUUCGAUGCCUCCAUGAUCCCGCCAAAUAUUAAGCCUGAAGUGGCAUCUGGCAAUCCCAAUCGUUUCAACGGGAUUUACACACCCGGAUGGUGUCAAGCCCAACCCAAGUAAAAUGGUUGACAACAAAGUCAUACAUUUUCA